CUUAAGCCGAGCAAGUGGAAUCUGUCAGUCAGCCGGUAUUCAACGAGGCGUGAUCCUCUUCUCCUCUGUCAUUCAAGGUGCCUCCUGUCCGGUCGUUUUAUCUGGUCAGCAUUAAUUGUUACGAUGUUGGGUCUCAGCUCUAUAACAGUCGAGGCCAGGCCACAGAGGAAUCUACAACAUAUUGCAGUGGUGGAGAAUGCCGCCUGGGAAAAGACCCUGCCACAGCAGUUUCAGAAUCCUUUCUACAACACGCCCAGGGUGAGGGAUGCCCUGGCCAGAUUCAGUUGGUUUGGUCCCGGCGAGGAGGUGGUCUAUGACCGCCAGGCUGAAAAAAUUCCACGAAUGGAAAUCUACAAUGUGCUGUCUCAUGCUGGCUUGAUACCUCGCCGGCGUUUCCUUUAAAUUAAUAAAUAAUCUCUUACUCAUUUAUCUAUUGUAAAGUUAUGAAAAUAAAUGUCAAAGUCAUUAGUUGUUUAGGAACUAAAUAAGUCAAAUUAUUUCCCUAAUUCACAGAA